AGCAGGUUUUCCGGUAAAAACCGGAAAACCCUCCCCCAACAGUUCGUUUUUAACAAUAGAGGUGCUUCUAUUCCAGUAGUAAUUCUCUCGCUUGUGUGAUUUUUAAGAACCUUUUCUUUCUUUGGUACUGUCGAGUAGUACAUAUGGGUUGUUUCUUAUCGUAAAGCUUUUCGGCACCUAAUGGUGUGCUACACCGAGAGGCUUCCGGCUGCCGCUGAUGCUGCUUCCCUCCCACCCCCAUCCGCUUCGGGAGUGGUUCUAGGAGGCUGCUCAUUUCUUCCGAGCAUUUCCUUGGUUCUGCUGCACGUGCAGCUUUUGUUACCCUAUGGCGUCCGCCUCGGCCCAACCUGCGGCCCUGAGUGCCGAACAAGCCAAGGUGGUCCUGGCCGAGGUCAUCCAGGCGUUCUCGGCCCCGGAAAACGCCGUGCGCAUGGACGAGGCCCGGGACAACGCGUGCAACGACAUGGGCAAAAUGCUGCAAUUCGUGCUGCCCGUGGCCACGCAGAUUCAGCAGGAGGUUAUCAAGGCCUAUGGCUUCAGCUGCGACGGGGAAGGUGUCCUUAAGUUUGCCCGCUUGGUCAAGUCUUACGAAGCCCAGGAUCCUGAGAUUGCCAGCUUGUCGGGCAAGCUGAAGGCUUUGUUCCUGCCACCCAUGACGUUGCCGCCCCAUGGGCCUGCUUCUGGUGGCAGCGUGGCUGCCUCCUGAGGGUCGGGCCUCCCCUGUGACAUUGCCCAGGAAGGGAAGACCUUGAUGUUCCAGAGGAUAAUAAACGUGCCUGUGACUUA